GUCGUGGAAGGAAGACCUGCUAUUGCGUCGGAAAGUGCCGUCGUUUUUUUUUGCUGCUGGUACAUAUACUACCAGUACUGCAACCACCGCUGGUUGCCGUGUGUCGUUGCUGCCAGUUUUUGCUACGAAAAGAGGUCGAAGCUUCUUUCCCUCUCGAUUGCUGUGGAAAUUUUUCUUGAAAAAAGUUCCGAGUGCUUCUGUAGUGAAAACUAGGCGGAUUUCACGGCACUCAAAUCCCUGACGCGAGGAUAAAAUCGUGGCAAAAUCGGCGACUUUACCCAGCAUAUGGCCAUCCACAUCACAUUCAGUGACGGAAUUUUUCAACACUCAUCGAAGGAAUUUUGAUUUCUGAUUUACUGCUCAAUCUUAUUGGAAAAUAGAACCUGUAUGCGAUAUACGUAUACCUAUAUUUAUCAGAGAUACGGUGCUGUCAGUAAUAUUCUAUCAAUCACUACGAAACGCGAAGGUAGAAAUAGUGUAUGAAUUAUUAAAACAAACACAUUCGUGGCAAAAGUUGGAAUUCCGAGGGGAAAUCACGGUUGGCACCCACACACGGGAAUUGUUUCCGAGCAGUAACAGUAAUACCUAGUGGAAGUGCAGGUGAAAGAGUGCAUUGGUCCGUCAGCACGCGAAGUGUCAGUUUUUUUAUUUAUCUAAGCCAAGUAGUGUCGAAACAGAAAAAUACGGAAUUUCCUGCCAGCCCACAGCCCGUUCCGCAAUACAAACCGCGUGUGCCAGAUCGUGCAAAAAUAAGUGGUCUCAUUGUUUAAAGAUAAAAGUUGUUAGUAGAAAAAAAGCAUCUGUGAUUGAAAUUGAAUUACUCUCUGCCCUUCGAACGGGUUUGGGUAGACGACAAAGCGUUGUUCAAUCGAUCGGCGUUAGCUCGAGUGGGAGCAUAUCUACUGUUGUAGCAGCAGAUUCCAGCGGAGAUCAAUCAUGGAGUCGAUGGAGUAUGAAAUGGCACGUAAUAUGACGCUGCUGUUCUUUCUGGAACGAUUGCUGGAUCGGGGCGAGCCCCGCACCCUGCACGACCUUUCCUGUCAGUUUGGAGCUCGCGGUUUCACCAAGGAAAUGCGGCAAAUUGCCGGUGGCAGCCAGUCAGGACUGAAAAAGUUUCUCUCGAACUACCCAGCGCUGUUCCAGAUCAGCGGAGACUUUGUACAUAUCAACAGCUACAGCGCUUCGAACAACCUGGACGAUCCAUCAAUCGGGAACAAGCGGGACUACAUCCAAGAGGCAAAAGACUACUUCAAACACAAACUGCUGCAGUACGGCAAAGGCACGGAGGUGCCGAUUCGCAGUCUACUGGGCCAUCGCAGCCAGGCAUCGCCACAAGUCCGUCACAUAUCCGGACAGCACAUCCGUGAGUUUACGGAAUUUUUGCUGAAACAUCCGGACACCUUCCACGUGGUGGACGGAGAGAAUGUGGUUUUGGUCGGGUGCGAAAACGAGGAAGAUGUUCCUGCUUCAGAACGGCUGCACCUUCCGAACUCCUUCAUUGACACUCAGGCUACCCAGCAGCUGCUGGAUUCGUUUGCUCAAAUCAUAGAAAUUAAAGGACCGAUUAUCGUCGACCAGCUCUUCCAUAUGGUAACUUCAAACUUCCCGCAGGAGCAGUGGUACCACAUGUUCAAGACUCCCGAUGAUUUGAAAACCUUUCUGAAGCUCUUUUCUGACUGCUUCCACAUACAAUCCAAUCUAGUCACACUAUUGCAGAAGCCAAAGCUGUCUGAUUCGCACAUUCGGCAGGCUCAGGACAAGCUGAACAUUAUCAAUACCAUAUUUGGUCCCGGAAGCACUGGCACCGGGGGAAGUGGUGGUAGUAUAAUCGGCAGCACGAAUGGCAGCAGUAACACAAGUCGGACAGCCUCACCGAAAAACAUGAUAGGAGAUUUUAAGCUUAACGAACCGGUUUCGGUUGGAAUUGGAACCAACAAUGCGGUCAAUGUACUGAAUAGCAACAAAAAUGAACCCACCAGUGGGUUUGACAGUUUGCUGAUAAACAAUGAUUUUAAAAUGGAAAACCUUUGCUCCAAAAACUGCCCGUCACUCUCAAAUACGCAAUACAUAAAGGGUCAAUCACAACAGCAGCAGCAGCAGCAAAACUCGAACUCAAAACAAGAAGCAAAUUCUACCAACCCUAGCACCGAGAAGGCGAAUCUUCUCAACAAUAAUUUGGCUGUGAAUCCGAAAAACCAAACGCUCAAGCAGCGAAUCAAUAGUUUGGUGAUAAAAACGCUCGCCGAGAACCUGGAAAAAGACAAGCAAUCGAUGUCUGCCAUUCAACAAAACUUUCACAGUGGCGGCGGUGUGGGCCCCGGAACUAUCGGCAGCGGGGGAAGUAUUCAGGCAAAUAACAAUCCUUCCCCGCAUCCCGUCUCGCCAACACCAGCCAGUCCCGUGCACUCGAACAACUACUUCAUAGGGGACACAUGGAAAAUAAAAGUCCUACAAAAUACUCGUGUCAUUUCUACGGUUAAAGAGUCCUUGUUUGUGACGCAAGCCAUCCUCAAGUCGGCAUACGAAGACCAGGCCGUGAUAUCGUUCGACUGCGAGGGUAUCAAUCUGGGCGUUCGCGGUCAGAUCACCAUGAUCCAGCUGGGGACAACCCGGGGGGAAGCGUUCAUCUUCGACGUAGCCACCUGUCCGGAUAUGGUGGCCCACGGUGGCAUCAAGGAGAUUCUGGAGGCCGAAAAAGUGAUCAAAGUUAUACACGACUGUCGAAACGAUUCGGUUAAUCUGUACAACCAGUUUCAGAUUAUGUUACGCAAUGUAUUCGAUACGCAGUCUGCCCAUGCCGUGCUUCAGUUCCAGGACCAGGGUAAACAAGUAUACAAAGUUAAAAACGUUUCGCUCAACACUCUUUGUGAGAUGUAUAACGCCACCGUUAAUCCAAUGAAGGAUCAGCUGAAGAACGUUUACCGUCGGGAUCAAAAGUAUUGGGCCCGAAGGCCACUAACCCGUGAUAUGUUACUGUACGCAGCAGGUGAUGUGCUGAUUUUAAUCAACGAGCAGCUUUACCUCAAUAUGGCUUCAUCAAUUAAACCUGAAUACCGAGAGCUUUUGUCGGAGUUGUGUACUGAGCAGAUUUUAAUGUUAAUCCGCCCAGUGGACGUGAAAAUGCGUAAAAAGCAGCGAAAGGUUCGUUCGGAAAUCCAGGACCUAAAAGCAAAGUUAAAAGGUGCCAGCAAAAAUGUGGUACUGAGCAACCGAGAGAUACGAUUACUUAGGUAUAUGGAUUUAACCGAGGAAGAAAAGGAAAAACUCCGAGUUUCCUGCAAAGUAGCCAAAAAGUUAGACAAGCUAGAGAACUUUGACCGGGAUCGCGGUGACGCCAGCGAUUCUGACGACGAUUGCGAUCCGACCGAGCAGGAUUGCCCGAGUCUGGAAAGUGUACCAUCGGACAACUCUCUGUCAGGAGUAGGCUGUGGAACUGGUGGUGGUGGUGGUAACGGUGGACCCGGAACAUUCUCUCCGAAAAAUUCCGAACCGCCCAGUUUGACGGAAUCGAUGCAGCUGAUGGACGAAAUUCUCUCCAACACGACCAUGGACCGGAUGGCCAAGAUCGACAAGCUGGAGGCGAUUCUGUCAGCCGCUACGCUGCUGCCGAACGAUCAGUCUUUCACUGAGACCAUGAACAAUUUCAAUUCCAAUACGAUAGUAGUAACUAACGAUAAUAUUCUGCAGCCGGCGAAAAAGGAGGAAACCAAAGGACGACCACCAAAAUCGUUCUCAGGCAGCGCCGGUACUGGUGGUGCGUCGAAGGUGUCAUCCCGUCUGCAGCAGCACGGACACCAGCCGCCGCCACCAGGAGCGGCGGUACCAAAGGCCGAAACCAAAGAGGCCGCCUGCCAAACACUCAGUACUGGUGAUAUUGUUAUCACGAAAAUUUUCUUCAAAGAAGAGUUGGAUAAGAAAUCCGAAAAGACGCUUACUUCGAGUCCCAAGCGAAAUGGCGAAACCACGGCAGCCGAGCUGGCAAUGCAGCAGCAACAACAGCAUGCCCAGUUGCAGGCUUGAGGGCGGGACAGCGAACAAAUGGGAUCGACCGUGCGAUCCAAUGCGAACGGUUUUAUUGUUUAUUAUCGGCACCAGAAAAGUUGUGAGUAAGUUAAAGUGCUUUUUUUUUGUUUUCGGAGGUUUUUUUUUUCUCGAUUCAAUGUGGAUAUCAAAUAUCUAUCGCGAUUAGAAACUGCAAAUUUUACGUGAGACCGAAUGUGAGUGAGAGCGAAAAGAGAAUAGGAAGCAAAGCACCACGCGAACGAAGCAAUAAUUUAUAACAUAAACACGUAUAUAUUUUUACUGAUGGGUUGAAACCAUAUUUAUGAAACUCAACAUUUGGCGAUGCGCAGAAAAUUUAUGCGAAAAGUUAUCAAUUGUACAGUCAUUAAUCCGGAUUGGUAGGAUCGAGUUGGAUGAACCAUUAUCAAUAUUAUUUUUUGAUAGUAAUAUAUUUAACAAUCAGAAAGUGAAAGUUUAAGGAAUGGCAAGCGAAGCUAUUUUCCAGAACCACUCAUUAGCGAGGAUCAAUUUUUUUGUGCAAGGCAGUGGAUAGAAUAGAAAUCAAUUUUACGCCUAUUAUAUUAUAGUUAACAAGUGAAAAGUAUAAAGUGAAAUGUUAGAUGAAAUUUGCUUCUAUUAUACACAUACUAGAAACGGUACUAACUUUAACAAACAUUAUUAACAUUUGAUGAACUUUGUGAAACAUUUUCAUGGAACGAAGAAAAUCUAUAUACACGCAAAAAGUGAAUAAAAAUUGUAAAAAUUCUAACAGCAAAAAAAAACAAAUGUUCAUAAGCGUAUGCAAAAAAGGAAAAAUUGCGCGGAUGGGCUGACCACUCUCCGAGGUGUCGUGCAUCUCAAAACGAAUUGUAUAACGGUUCAGAAAUUAUCCUGAUUGUAACUGAGAGCUGUUGGAAUGCUCAAGACAAGUGGCAGAGCUCCAGGAUAAUAUUUUUUGUACAUAAAUUAAACAUUGCUGCGCACUCAUAUACUGUGGCAUAUUGGUGUGCAUGUUUCACGUAUCAAGUGAAAUUCAAACUGAUCAGAAAGAAAGCAACUCGAUUUCAUCGCAAAUUCUGCACGCUGACACUGUGCUGCCCUGUUCUGUUUGAAUUAUGUGCUCGUUAGUAAGUUUUUUGUUACUCUGUGUAUAGUUAAUAUCAAAUCUACUCAGUUACUUCCAUUAAUAUCCCUUUCAUGUCAUAUUUGUUGAGCAUGUGAUUUUACAACAAAAGAUAAUUAUAAAAACUAGCCAUUAAUCCUUUCACCUAUUUCGGAAGGUUAGAGGAUAGAUUAAACUUUAAUUAAACACAGUUGGGCAAGUAGUGGGUUUCAAGUUAUUUCUCGGAUUAAAAACCGGAUGGGUUAAGACAAACAUAAACUUCUUAUAUUGGAGCAAAACACUGCUUCGAUACUAGAGUAGAAUUCCCUCAGUCGAAUCAAAAUUAUACUUUAUUUACAAUGCUCAGAUAGAUAAGAUUAAAAGGAAUACUUUUCCGAAUCGCUACUAUUCAAUUAGUGCUUCCGAAUCAGUUUCCUGAUCCAGUAUCUAGCAAAUCUGAAAAUAGUGAUCCGCAAUAACGGAAGGGCCGACAUAAAGGCGAAAUGAUUUGCUCAAAUUCGAUCCACUAGCAAGCAUAAAAUGGCUCUUUAAACGACGGAUCGCACCUAGUAUGGAUAAUACAAUCACACUAUAUCAAACUUGUAACCAAGGUUGUCAAAAAAAACUGCUACUUAGGACGAAGGCGUUCAAUACACAUUUUAAAGCUCCUGUAGAAGUAACAACACUCUAUACGAAAUCGUCGGUAACUUAUUACUAGUACAUAAUUAGAGAACGCGAUACGUAGUGCUGCAAUUCAUAGUGCUGUUAGUAGACUGGUAAACGUGAUAUUUUUGUGCUGUAUUUCAACUUAGACAAUAGAUUGAACGUAUUUCACAUGGAUUCGCUUUUGUGUUGAUCGGUAAGUUUGUAUUUAUUUCCUCUCUUUUAUUGGCACAUUUAAAAAAUGACUAAUACUAGAAGGUAAAACUAAUCAACAAAACUAAGCAAGCAUUCUCCUAGAUUAGUGCCUUUUGGAGAUAAGUUUGAAUGUUAUUUUCCAAUUGAGUUAACGUUUAGGUGUGAGUUGACAUGUUCUAUACUUAACGCGUUCUUCCCUCUUUACUUCUUAACCUACGAUUAUUUAUACUAACAAGCACCGUUUAGAAGUGUAAGUCAGGAUGUUUAGUCAGAUCAACGGAAUAAAUUUUGUAUUCAAACAA